AUGUCCUCAGAUAUUUAUGCCACACCAGAUUUAUCAAAGAAGGUGAGAUACAACAGACAGGUGCAGGAGGACACAGUGGAGUGGGAGGAAAGGCAGGUGGAUAUCUACGAGAGUACAGACGCUAUCGGGAAUAAUCACACUGAUAUUCAGUCACUCGAAGGAGGACCACACGCUGAGAAGCAUCCUCCAGCCGUCCAAAGGAGGCCUUUCAGGGUUGCUGCAUAUUGUCUAGGAGUGCUGUGCCUCCUGAUGAUGACAGGAAUCAUCCUCUCAUCUAUACUCUUCACUUUGGGAAGAGACAAGCUGCAGAGCAGAUACGACCAACUGAGCAAAAACUACAGCCAGCUCCAAAGACAAAUUUCAAGUAAGGAUCAGUGUCAAAAUAUCAUUAUAUACAGGAUCCACCUUCACACUGACGACAAAUCACAAAUAUUUCCAUACUGUCUUACUUUGAUCUGUUGUUGUUCUCAAGACGCAUCAGUCCACUACAGUCAGUUACAGGAUGAAGUGAAGCAGCUGAGGGACAAAAUUGAAGGGAAGUGGUGUCCUGAUGGAUGGAGCAUAUUUGGAUGCAGCUGUUACUUUAAAAUGAAUGAAGAGAAAAAUUGGGAUAGAAGCAGAGCUAACUGUCGGCAGAGAGGAGCAGAUCUGGUGAUCAUAAACAACAAAGAGGAACAGAAGUUUGUCACUGAGCUGAAUGUGCAUGGAGAGUCUUGGAUUGGUCUACAGGAAACAUGGACAGGGGGAAGAUGGGAAUGGGAACAGAAAUGGGUGGACGGAUCACCGCUGACAGAAACGUUCUGGGCACCAGGACUACCAAGACAUGAGGGAUAUCAGCAUGCUGCAACAUGCUGCAAUGACCAAGGACAAUGGACACAGAGUCCGCAUUACAUGUCUAAGCACUGGAUCUGUGAGAAAUAG